CAAAAUUCGGUAACUUCAACUUCAUUAACAACCACCUUUGAAUCCUUUUUUCGGAUAUUGAACCCAUUAUCUCAAGUUUUGGAUCGAACUAAUUCAUUGACUCAAAUAGUUCAUGGGAGAAAAUCGAGUUAUUUGGGUUCGAGGGAUUGA